GCGUCUUGUGGGCAGCAGUUUUCCCGGAGUUCGAUGAGCCCGAAAUGACAUAAAUGUGCGGAUUUUUCUGCGGAUUGAACCGUAAAACGACGCACCGCGGCACCAGAUCACAUGGAGUCUUGCGUCUCGUCCCUCGUGUCUCUUCUGUCUCCGGGUCUGGCUGUAGGACCGUCUCUGUCCUGUGGGGGCGCUCUCGGGCUCUGGUGGGUGGGGCUUCCUCUGGAGGCGGGCUCUGAGCUGCCGAGUGGGCGGGACUUACCGCAGGACCUGACCAAUCAGACGGAGACAGCGGCCAAUCAGAACUCUCUGACGGCGGCGCCUCUUUUCCUGCGAUUUGCCUGUCAGGCUCAGAGCCGCUCUCAGCAGAACCUCUCAGUCCAAACCCAGGACCAACGAGUCCGAACCACACGGACCGUCACACCCGGGACUGAACUACUGCUGCGACCCAACACAGACCCGGACGCAGCUGGAAACUCUAAAAAGGCGCAUGAGAAACCUCCAACAGAAAACACCACAGCGACAGUGACCGACGAGGCCCUCGGGACGGCGGCCGCGGAAAAACACAAUUUAUUAAAGGAAACUGCGAGCGAUGGAUCCAAAAUGGAGGACAGAGCAGACAACGCGACGAGAAGAAAGAACAAAACACAGGAAACGAAAACCGCCAAACAGAAGCCAGAGGGGUCCCGAACGGCUGACUCGGGAAACGACGCGGCGAAAAGGCUCGAAACGGAGGAAGCGGGAACGGUGAGGCGGGAGACGGCGCCCCCUACGACGGUCCGCUGCAGCUCACGUCUGGCCCUGAAGCCUCGUCUGGUCCAUCGCCUCACGUCCAGAGUCACGGCGCCGCUCCGAAAACCAGCUCUGAUGAACGCAAAACCACAGACGGGAGGAGAGGGGAGGAGAGGAGAGGGGAGGAGAGGAGAGGAGGAGGAGAGGAGGAGAGUGGGCGUGGCCACAGAGAGCACAGGUGAAGCUCAGGUGGAAGAGAUGACAGGUGCGGCCGUUACCGUGGAGACGACAGGUGCGGCCGUUACCGUGGAGUCGACAGGUGGACGGGAGCGGAGGCACACCUGUUCAACCUGCGGCAGGAGCUUUUACCAAAAGAGCCACUUAAAAAAACACCAAGUGACUCACAGUGACCAAAAACCCUUCACCUGCGACAAGUGCCACAAAAAGUACUCCUCUAAAGAGAGCUACAGGGCCCACCAGUUGCUCCACCAGGGGGAGCGGCCCUUCCCCUGCCCUCUCUGUCCCAAGGCCUACGGUCUGAGGCGGGACCUAAAGGACCACCUGGUGCUGCACUCGGGGCUCACGCCGCACCUGUGCCCGCACUGUGGGCGGGGCUUCACACGCCGACCGUCACUACGGGCGCACCAACUCAACCACUGCCCCAAACGCCCCACGCCACCACGGACCAAGUUCCAGGUCCAGUGCUCUGUGUGCACAAAGUUCCUGUCGAACCCUGGGUCUCUGAAGAACCACAUGAGAGUCCACACAGGAGAGAGACCUCACACCUGCCAGCACUGUGGAAAGAGCUUCAGCCAGAGAGGCUACGUUUCGGGCACAAAGUUGCGUCGUCACCUGCGCAGCGCUCACUCCACAGAGAAGCCCUUCACCUGUCACUGCGGCGCCGCCUACUCCCUGCGCCAGAGCCUCACCCGCCACCAGGCUCUGCACCGACUGGACGAGACGGGGGCAGGGGCAGGGGCGGGGCCUCAGCACGACCGGCCAAUCAGGGGACAGGACCGCAAAAGCUACAAGGACUCGAGAAACCCAGAGGAGCACAGGGGGGAGCAGGGGGAGGGGUUGGGGGAGCAGGGGGAGGGGCUAGGGGAAGAGGGACACACAGAGCUGCUCCUCAUUCAGGAAGUGGCCGAGACUGUAGAGAUAAACACGGCGUAAAAAGUAAAAGUUCGUUAAAGGGGCAUUAAAUGUAACACCUCACAUAUUUAGAUCACCGUGUUCCUUUCAUUGUUUUCAAAAACUAAAUAUUCGCAAACAACAACUAGGCCUGUAACGAUAAUCAAUACAUCAGUGAAUCGUACGAUAACUUUUAAUGAGCUCGAUAACUUUUCUGGUCGUAAUAAAUUCUAUUUGCAGUUUGUUUGUUUUCCUCGCUCUGUGUCGCUCUCAAACAGACUGAAUGUUGGAAGCUUCUGUCGCUCUGACUCGUCUCGUUUAACGUAACGACGCUUGAACCAACGUGUGUUUAUUGACACAGUGGAUGCUCGCGACGCCUGAGUGCAGAAAACGCCGCUGUCUGUGCAGUUUAACAUGAAGCCGUGACACAAACGCCGCCGUCAGAACCAAAACAGUUCAUCACCGAGAGACAAAACACGUCACGAUGCCGAAUCAACACCGGUGAGUGUUACGCGUCUCAACAGACACGUGCCAAAUGCAGCGAAACGCAGACGACGAGAAGAAACGUCUCAAACCCCAACAGACGAUAAACCCAAACCCGAGCGACAGAACAAGCCCCGCCCCCGAGAAGAGCCCGAAAUCCACUGAAAUCCCACAAGACACAGACACGACACCAGACAGAACAGAGACUCCCUCAGAGUGAAACAGGAUCCUGAGUCUCGGUUCAUACGAACAUUUAAACGACCAAAAUGAUUCCAGCAGAAACAGAGACGAGACGCAAUAUUCCAACGUAAAUCAACGACUAAAAUCACUUUUAAGGGCAGUUUUGUUACAGAGACUUAAUAAUCCAUUUUAUUUAUUACUUUGGUUGUAUUGUCGCUGUGAGUCAGACACAUUAGACUCUUCUUAUGUGAACAAGUCUGUUUUAUUUAGGCCUGUUGGUUUUGUUUGUCUUACACUUCCUGUGUUCAAUGUUUUUUAGAAAGUCAAGUUUAUUGAUCUUUGAAAUGGUGUGUUUGCAUUUUUAUUUCAUGGUCUUUAUAUCAGUUGAAAUUGGUCUCAAAAUGUCAAUAUUUUCAUUUAUCACAAUAAAUUCUUGGUCAGUUAAUUGUCCAGUAAAAUCUGUUCUCGUUACAGGUCUAACAACAGUGGAUUAACAUGUUUAAUAAGUUUGUUUUUUGCUCUGAGUCUCUCGUCCCUUUGCUCCCACACUAAGUCACUCCCCCUUCAGAGCACUAUAACAACAAAACAACAAUUUUCUUCAUUAUUUGUCUCCAAAAAUGAAAAAAACAGACAACAGACUAGACCAGGACUAGACCAGGACUGAAUGAACAGGUCAAAAGUUUGGACUUUUUUUUUUUUUUU